GUCAUAUUCUAUUUAUUUGCAGUAAAUUAAAAGUUUUUUUUAAUAGCAACAUUAAGCAAAAGUGCCAACUUCAACAAAAUUUGACGUUUAUGUCGGCCAUUUUGCAGUUUUUACGGUAACUGCUCUACACGUGUUUGGUUGCCGAGAUGGCAGUUGCAAAGAAACCCGUGGCUAAAAAAGCCCAACUUCACCAGAAGUCUGGUAAGAAGGGAGUCAAAGGUGGCAAAAUCCGCGGCAAAGGCAUCAAGCGGAAGAUCAACUUGAAGUUUAUGAUCGACUGCACACACCCCGCUGAGGACAGCAUCCUCGACGUAGGCAACUUCGAGAAGUACCUGAAGGAGCGCGUCAAAGUUGAGGGCAAAACAAAUAACCUAGGCAAUCACGUUGUCAUCGCUAGGGACAAGACGAAAAUCUCCAUCAACGCAGACAUUCCCUUCUCAAAGAGGUAUCUGAAGUACUUGACAAAGAGAUACCUGAAGAAGAACAACCUCCGUGACUGGCUGCGAGUGGUCGCGUCCGCUCAUGACUCGUACGAGCUGCGUUACUUCAACAUCAACGCUGACAGCGACAACGAGGACAAUGAAGAUUAAGCUAUUGACACAAUAAAAUAGUUUUUAACUAA